GGAACUCUUUCUGCAUUGUAAUUUUUACUUUGAACACUCUUAGUUCUUACAUGAAAUAAGAUUAUUUAUCUAUAGUCAUGAUGGCUAUGUUUGGGAAAUGGCUGAUCAGCCAAGUUUCAGCUUGUUUGACCAAAUUUAGAUUCUUUGACCGAUCAAAUAGCCAAUAAUUUAGUUUGGCAAUCGGAUGCUUCCCUCGGCUGGUGAAGCUCAAAAAGCCGAAAAUGGAAAAGCUGGGGAGGGCAGCGUUUUCGUUUGGCUGAUCCCUUUUACCCAUUUAUACCCUUAAUCGUUAUUUCCAUCAAUAGUCUAAUUUUCUUUUCACCGAUAAAUCAAAUUCUUUGAUUAUCAACCACGAUCACUAUUUCCUUAGGCAAACCAGAGUCGGCGGCAAACCCAUGGCAUCACACCAACAAUUAGAAAAAGUUCCAGAUCCUGCUUCUAUUCACCAUAGCCGCCUAUUUCUUCUUCAAGAGGAGGAUAGCAAAGCAAAACAAGGAAAUAAUGAAGGAGUUGCCAACGGAAGAAGAGACCGCACCCUUCAGUGUUUUCUCUUAGAACAUAAGAGCAUCCAUGAAAAUUAUAAGAAUUGGCCUGGGAAAAAACAAAAGAAAAGGAGUAAGGAAGGAGAGGAGAAUUGGGAACUGGGAAGGGAGAAAAGCAAAAGGGGGAGGGAAGAAGGGAGACGCAAGGUGUCGAAGAUAUGAUUAUAUUCAUUUUAAUUUUAGUUUUUAUGAGUUGAGUUUUUUUAAUCAAUUAUUAGUUGAUAUUUUUUUGAAAAUAAUUAUGAGUUGAGUUAAUUGUUUAAAUUUAAAAUAGCUGAAUUAUUCUUAUUUUUAUUUUAUAAGUAAUUCUAUUUAUAAACAUGGUUGUUAUAAUAAAUAAUAAAUAUGUACUAAUGUCCUUGUAUGUCUUUUCUCAUUUUAAAGCUAUUUUUA